CCGCUGUAAAGAAAGAAAGCCCAAGGGGAAGUCAUUCCCAGAAAUACCCUCAAAAGUGCACCAACUUUACUUACUUGGCCGUCUCUUUUCCAACCAAAUCAUGUCCAUUUUCGUAAAACAAUCCCCACACCAACGAUCCAGCACGACUGGUUCCACCCGUACGACCAGCCAAUCACUUACGUGGCGAAAAUUCAUUGGACUAUCCCUGAUUUUUGAUAUUUAGGAUGUAGAGAUAUUUAGCGGAUCAAAAAUAUCUGGCUAAGUCGUCCACGUUGGCAGACCGAUCUGGAACCAAAAUUUGCACUUUUUCCUUUUUCAAUUUCCUUUCUUUUCCCUCAGAAAGCAAAUUUUCAUUUCUUUUUUCUUUCCUCCCAAACAGCCGCCCCAUUUUCACGCAAAUAUCUGAAAAUCAUUUUAGAUUUUACUCUUUUCUUUCCGAUCCAAGCAACAAUAAUUUGAAAAAUCGUUAAUUUGAAGGCAAAAAAGAUGGGAGAAGAAGUGACGAUGAGUGAAUUCGAAGUUAACGGCGGAGACGACGAAGACGCUGCCGCGACGGCCAACACCACCGUCGUUGACGAUGAAGAUGAUGUUGACCAAAGAGUUCUCGAAUGGGAAAUAGGGUUACCUGACUGCGAUGAUUUAACUCCGUUAUCUCAAUCUUUAAUCCCACCGGAACUCGCCUCCGCUUUCAGCAUCUCGCCGGAGCCUCGUCCGACUGCUCACGAUGUCAACCGCGCUUCUCAGGAUACCCUCUCCUCCCUCCGGUCAGGUGGAGCCCACUUCUUCACCGCAAAUAACAAUAAAAACAAAAAUAAUAACAAUCUCCGUUCUUUUAAUGACCCGAUGGUAGUUGAAGCGGAAGGUGACGGAUCGGGUUCGGGUUCCGGAUCCGAACCAAAGAAGAUGAGAAAGACGGAUAUCGGUAUCGCGGAGGAAGCGGAUUCGGCAGUUAGGACAACGGAGAAUUCGGAGGAUCCAUCAGCGAGGACAUUGAAACGGCCGCGUUUAGUGUGGACGCCGCAGCUGCAUAAGAGAUUCGUAGACGUGGUGGCCCAUUUAGGCAUAAAAAACGCUGUCCCCAAAACGAUCAUGCAGCUAAUGAAUGUAGAAGGCUUGACCCGCGAGAACGUCGCCAGUCAUUUGCAGAAAUACAGGCUUUACUUGAAGAGAAUGCAAGGGUUAAGCAACGAAGGACCAUCGGCUUCCGAUCAGCUGUUUGCAUCAACGCCGGUGCCACAAAGUCUUCAUGAGAGUGGAAGCGUCGGCUGCGGAGGAGGGAGUGGUGUUGUUGGUGGCAGUGCGAAUGGCAAUGGGCAUGUGGGGAUGCCUAUACCGAUGCCUUAUGGGGCACCUUUGGUGCCUGUAGCGAUGCCGAUGUAUGGACAUAUGGGUAUGCAUCAAGGAGGAUAUCAUCACCCGCAGAAUGGGUAUGAGGCAAAUUCGUACGGGAUGCAGCCCAGAGAUUGGUCUGGUGGGAAUAAAUAUGGAUCGGUCAUGUCGUAUCCCAAUCAUAUGGCUCCCAAUGAUAAGUUAAAUUAGCUCGAUAUUUGUACAAAGACAGAAAGACAUGGUUGGUUACGAAUUAUUGGAGUAUAUAUAGGUGGAGAGUUCCGGUUAUGAAUGAGAGUUGACGAAGGGAUGAACAAACAAGCCUCUCACUCUCAGGGUAUUAUUGCUUUCUUGAAUUGAUUUAGAUGAUAGCAUCUUUUACCUAGAUUAGACAUUAGAGCAACUCCAGGAACUACAGUCUUAAUUUGUUAAUUCACUUGGUAAUUGCCAUUAACUUGUGUAUUAUUGAAUUAUUAAACUCUUCCUUAUUUUUCCCAUGGAACAAAAGGAAAUACUAUGACAUUAUGACCUUUUCUUUUUCUUGAA